UAACUACAAUACCCAUAAGGCCUGUUCUGUGACGUCAUCCCCAUUGGACAAACACGAAUUUCCGCGUCCGGUGGCUAAGGCAGGAAAUCUCGCUCCUGCCUGGAGACCGGGAGAGACCCGGGCCCGGAUUUGGCUGAGGCGCUGGCGCAUGGCCGCGGAGCUGGUGGCUGCACGGACAAUGGGCCCCGAGCGGAUCUGUCCCAACGAGCACGAGGAGCUGGGACCGCAGGAGGUGCCUGAGGGAGCUGUGGACCCCCCCGGAGACUGGAGCAGCGAGGAGCCCGAGGAGGAGGAGGAGGAGGAGGAGGAGGGGGGCAGCAAUGGCUACUUCUACCAGCCCCUGAGCCAGGAUCCAGAGCUGGGGUCGUGGGACCAGGGUUCACUGGCAGCUGAGGGCACACAGGGCCCUGCAGAGACAGCCCCUGGCAUCCAGGAGCGAUUGCAGAUGCUGAGGCUGCACCUGCCGGACCCCCCUGUGGAUAGCGAGGAGGAGGAGGAGGACGGAGCUGCAGCUCAGAGCAGCCGAAGUUCCAUCCCUAUGGAUCCAGCACACGUGGAGUUGGUGAAAAGGACGAUGGCUGGUGUGAAGCUCCCUACCCUGGGAAUCCCUGCAUGGGCCAGUGAGAUCUCAGAUGAUCAGUGGACGGCUAUGGUGCAGCGAACGCUGCAGGCCAGGCAGAGUCUCAGCACCUCUAGGCCGGAAUGGAAAUGAAAUGCAGAGCCAGGGUCAGGUCCCUAUCAAGAGAGCUGAGUGCAAAGUGCUACCCUGUGCACUUUAACCUCGGGUUAUGUAUGGGAGGCAGACCACCACCAUCCUUCUCUGGAUGGGUCAACAACCUCCCCCGGCGCUGAAGCGCUAAGAUGCUCAGUUUGUCUCCCACUGAGGAAAUCUGUUUCCUUGUCUCUUCCUUUCCCACUCCCAGCCAUUGGAUAGUUUGAUGUCAGUUAGUGUGGUAUCCUCAUGCUCGCCCAGUCGUAGUUCUCUGCCCCCAAGGAACUGGACUGCCUUCGUAACCUCCAAGGGCAGAGCGUUAGUGGCUCUAGCCAGGUCUGUCUGUGAGGAACAACAGAUCUGCACUAGGUGCCCAUGGAUCCCAGUGCGGGAAAGGGUAUUUCCCUCCCCCCCCCAUGCAUGUGCUGCCCCCAAGUGCUGUAGCGGGCAAACAGCUGUGCUAUACCAUGUCACAGGAGGUGAGUCCAGGGUGUUGUCUUUUCAAGAGAUCCAUUUUAUUUAGUUCUGUACAUACAGGGACAUCUGUACAAAAUCCAACACUUUCAUACUAUAAUGCUCUACUGAAAAUAAAGUACACCAUAUGUACAUAUGA